CAUAUAAUAAAUCAUUAUUUCCAUUAUUAUACAUUUGUUGAUUUUGUUUUUUUACACUAAUUUUCCCAGAUACCAUAAUACCAAAUUUUCCAUCGUAUUAUGCCAAUUAGAACUGGAAUAACAUAUUAAUCUUUGAGUUAUAUUCUUCUAAUGAGUGAGAACAUGAACAGCGAAGUGUUUGUCUCUUUGUUAGAGGCGUUAUCUUCAAGUGAUAAUUCUCUACGUUCAGAUGCCGACGCUAAGAUAACCACUUUGAAGAAUCAUGAUCUGAAUGGUAUCUUAAGGCUAACAUUGAACGUAAUGUUAACGGAGCCAAAGGAUGAGAGGAGAUUACAAUCAGUGGUUUUAAUACGUAUUUUAUUGGAUGUUUCACGUUCUGGUGAGGCACCUCAUAAUACCUGGAAACUGGUCUCAAAUGAUGUCAAAUCUUUAUUAAAAUCUUCAUUACUAAAGUCCAUCGAGUCUGAAUCACACCAAUCAAUACGUCGUAAUGUUUGUGAUACUAUUGCAGAUCUAGUUUCCAGGUCCAUGGCACCAGGUGAAUGGCCAGAACUGGCCUCCAUCACCAUCAGAUUAAUACAAAAUGAUAAUCCGGUAUACAGAAAAUCUGGUCUCAAAUUGUUAGGCGAAUGUUUCUCUUACUUUGCAGAAGAUUUAGUCAGUAGAUCCAAUGAAGUUGCCGCACUGAUUAAGACCAGUUUGAUGAGUGUGGAUACCAGUGUUAGAACUGAAGCUAUUUGUGUAAUUGGAGUUGCUGUAGAUUAUGAAGAAGUUGGCGUCGCCAGUUAUUUGAGGGAUACUGUGCCGUUGAUAUUGGAUUCACUCAGGAGACUCUUGGGUUGUACAGAACCAGGUGCUAGAGAUGAGCUGGAAAGCUCACUAACAGGAGUAUUAAUGAUACUUGAGAAUAACGCUAAGUUUUUUAAACCACAUAUCGAGUUAUUUUUUACACGUAUGUUAGAACUGGCAUUGGCUGAAGGACCUGCAAGAGGAUUAGACGGUGAAUUGAGAGCUCUGGCAUUGGAAUUGUUACUGGUGUUACCUGAAAAGAAACCUCAGACAGCAUUGUCAAUACCUAAUUUCGGACUCCGUAUGGUUAAUUGUUUAAUGACCUGUAUGCUAGAUAUACAGGAUGAAAGUUACACUGAAUGGUUGGAAACGGGUACUGAAGAUGAUGCACAUACACUUUAUAGUGCCUCAGAGGAAGGUUUAGAUCGUUUAGGACGUGCUUUUGAAUCUGUGGAUAAUUGUCCUUUUAUGGACUGGGUCCUGUCCACAGCGUCACAGUAUCUCCAGACACCCCAGUGGCAGUAUAAAUUUGUAGCCAUAAUGGCCAUUUCACAGACUGUAGAGUUUCUGACUGACGAUGAAAUUGACAGACUCUCCUCAAUCAUCGGGAUCAUGCUAGAGAAACUUAGUGAUGCAGACUACAGAAUAAGAUUUGCCGUAUGUCAGACAAUUGGACAAAUAGCAUUAGACCAUCAACCGUAUGUACAAUUGAACUUUCAUGAAGAGGUUUUACCACCUCUGAUUAAGGCGUUUGAGGACCCAAGCCCCAGAGUACAAUCCCACGCACUUUCGGCCUUUAUUAACUUUGCGGAAGAAGUACAAAAGGAACAUUUAUUACCAUUUGGAGAUUUAGUGGUACAAAGAUUAUUGAGUAAAAUAAGCGCCAACACUGGCAGAUCAGUGACUGAACAGGCAGUAACAUCAUUGGCAGUCACCGCAGGUGUUCUUGAAGAACAUUUUAUUAAAUAUUACAAUACAAUUAUUCCACUCAUGAAGGAAAUUAUUACUAAAUGUACCUCCACAGAGGAAAGAACUUGCCGCGGGAAAGCCAUCGAAUGUAUUUCAAUCAUCGGAAUGUCCAUAGGAAAGGACGUGUUUAGAAACGAUGGGAUUGAGUGUAUGAACGCGUUGAUACAGAUAAUGGAGCAGCCAAGUGAGAGCGAUGACCCAGUACGAGAGUAUAUAAAUGAAGCAUUAGGAAGACUAUGUACAGCGCUAGGAACCAAUUUUGUACCUUUCCUACCCAAAAUCGUACCACUACUACUCACCGAAUUAACCAAAUCCUCACAAUCUUUCCAAGAUCAAGAUGUAACGUUGUUGAUGGGUUUGGAUGGUGGUGCUGGGUUGAGAACAUCAUUGGUGGAUGAGUUGGAGCAGACAUUGAGUCUGGUGGCGAUAAUAGUAGACGAGUUGAAGGAAUUGUAUGAGGAUUAUAUCCCGUCAACGGCUCAGGCAGUGUUGCCAUUAUUGUCCUGUGUGUUAACUGCAGAACUAAAACAAAAGGCCUUAUCAGCAAUGGCGAAUAUGAUUGAAGCCAAGAGAAUAGCAAUAGAGAAGCGUAACAGCAGUAAAGAAAUGUUACUGGAAUUAUUACUAAAUAUAAUGAAUGCAGUGUUGACAGACCUUGAGAAGACACGUGAAGUGGAUUCUGAGUACACAGUGCCAGUAGACAUCCUCUCAGUAUCAGCAAACGGUCUUUACCGCUGUUUAGACUGUGCAGGACCUGGAAUUCUGAACCAAAAUGUGCUUAACCUGUUGACUAAUAAAUUAUUAUUGAUAAUUGAGAAGUCAUCCAAGAUUAAGGCCAUUUACCGUAAAUGCAGGGCUAGUAAAGACUUAGAUCCUGAUGAAAUUCUAACUCUAGAAGAAGAUGAAGAGGCUGAACAAACCUUCAGAUCAUCACUUCUUGAUAUCUUCGGAGUUGUCAUGAAACAUCAUCCCGAUGAAUUCAUGUCCACAUGUCAUCCCCAAUGUCUACAAUUUCUGUGUAUGAACUUGGAGAAGAAUGUCCCUGAUGAUGUGGCUAUAGCGUUGUAUUUUUGUGGUGACAUGAUAGAGUUUUUACAGUCUCGAGUAAUCACAUUUUGGGACAAGUUCUUACCACACGUGCUCAAGAACAUUGAGAGUAAAGAGGCGAGUGUGAGACAGUAUGCCUGUUACAGCGUGAGUAGACUAUCAAAAUUACCCGAAUUCGCACAUUUAGCGAAUGAGUCAGCUGUCAAGCUAAGUUCAGCACUGAAGAUGAGAUUCCCUUCAUCACAAAAAGAUCAACAGAAUGCAACUGACAACGCAGUUGCAGCACUCGGUGAUCUCAUCAGAUACCAAGGCAAUAACCUCCCAGACGCCAGUAAUUAUCUCACACUGUGGCUCAAACACCUGCCACUCAGACAAGAUGAAACUGAAGGAAAACGCGUACACAAAGAACUCAUGGAUCUCGUUCUCUCCAACAAUCAAAUGAUAUUGGGAGUGGAGAAUAGUAAUCUUGGCCAGUUGGCGAAGAUAUUUAUAUCAAUUUACGAGACUGAGUUCUCGACGGAGGAGUUAAAUAAGCAGAUUUUGCACUUGAUGAAACAUCUGGGACAAGACUUUCUCAAACAACUCAAUCCCUCACUCUCCAAACGAUUACAAAUGCAGUUGAAAGUUAUCGCAAAAUCCCUGUAAUUCAUAAUCUAUUAACCUUGAA